UUUUCUUUGCUGGAUUGUUAAACCCUCGAUUUUAUUUGCAUGGAAAUUCGACUUACUGGUUUAAUAUAUUCUGUAUUAACGAGCAGUAAUCCGGCUUUAUUAGGCUCAGCUUUAAUUUUUGAUUCCGUAAAAAGUUAUUUGGGAAAUAAUGAUGCAUUUAUUUGUUAUACUUUGCGGGAUUCCGCUUGUUUUCUCGCAAAUUCCUGGCUACCCAGGCAAUUAUAAUUCACCGCCGAACAAUUAUUAUCAGCGAAAAUGUGGCUUCCCUCUUGUUGUUCCGAGUGCCCCGGAUCCCAAUCCUGAAAUGAUCACUGGAUUAUGGUACAAGUACCGUCAACUGGGUGCCCCUAACGUUACAGUCAAUCAAUACCUGGUGUACUACCCCAUCGGACGCACCGGUUUGCCGUUUAGUACGAUCCCCGCAGAGGCCAUCUGGGUGGAAAUUCCUCAGUUUGACAGCAUAAACGACACAAUGUGCGAUACCCGCUUUUGGCUGGGAUUGUUCGGCGUUAAUGGCCAAAAUCCGGGACAAAAUUCGCAGUCUGCCACUGAUUAUAUUCCCACACAAGCCAAUUUGUAUGGAUUGUAUUUCGACUACGAGCGCGUUUUCAUCAUGUACGGCUGCCGGAAGCCCAAUUACGUGACGGGCAUGUGCGACCAGCCGGUUAUCCAUGUGAUUACGCGUGCUCGUCCGGAUAAAGUCAACCCGGCGGAGCUGCAGUACAUUGACGACAUCGUGGACCGUGUCCUCGCGCCGUACUGCAUGCGGGCGGUGGAUGUUCCCCAGCAGAUCUUCACGGAUAAGAAACCCUUUUGCCCGCUGAUACCACAGCCCGAAUGCGUCAAGAAAAUCGUUGCCGGAAUGGUUAUGGAUGUACAGAAUUCUAUUGUCUCGGAAUAUUUGUACUAACUGUAUUUCUACUAGUACUGGACUGUACAGCUGUGCAAACACUGGAUCAUAACCUUUCGAAAAUUCAAAAUAUUUCUACUUUUUUGGAAUCCCUGCGCUAUACAACUGUGAUGU